GGUCACGGUUGCGGUUACACGUGACUGCAUGGUCCAGUAGAUUUUUCUGGGAUCGUUGCUCGACUGAAGUGAGCAUGAUCGGUCAGAGAUUUCGCAGGGUGGACGGGUUAAGCCUCAACGUGUUGGCGUUGUCGUCACAGGCAACUUCACAAGUAGGCCUAUCUUGGUGCACUCUCCGCCUCCUGAAGCUGUUUGCUCGGUCGGCAUGGACUCAAAGAAAUGUUGAAGCUAGGGGGUCUGUGCUUCCAUCGCUCGAAGGUCAUCCAUCGGGGAUCCCUGCCUUCAAGAUGCCUAGAUCGGACGUUACCGGUCGGUGGAUGAUGGGAGAGAAUAAUAUCCAUCGGUUUGCACGAAGACACUUGUCUGCAAUUUCUUCUCUGGAAGACGAGAAAGCUACGCAUUUGGCAGAACAAGCAUCUUUGGAUGAAAAGGAGCUUAGGCCCUUUUCAGAAUCUGACCUGUCAGUGACAUCUCAGAUAGAGGAAGACCAAUCUGACACAGACGUGGAAGACGUUCCACCGGUGUUCCGAAAGCCUCGGACGAGCGAGGAUCUGGACCUUCAGAGCCCGCCUCUGCCGGCCUCGUUCAACCUUGCCCCUUUUGUGGACAAGUCUGAAACCUUACAGCAGUUGGUGAAGCUAGGUGUCGACUUGCACCGAAUUCAGACCAAAGGGAAGGGGGAAGAAUUGGCCAAGUUGGACUUUGAGAAGCAUGUUGCUCCUCUCAUCAGGUUUUUGAUGGAUCUGGAAAUAGAAACAGAGAGUCUAGGAUACAUCUUGAGCAAGAAUUUCUAUCUACUCUUGGAGGGCUUGGACACUCUGGAAGAGCGAGUUGCCUAUCUGAGAGCAAAAAAAUUCACCAACAACGAGAUUGGUGCCAUUGUUACCAGGACUCCCUUGUUCUUAUCCCUGCGUGUGGAGACAUUGGAUGAGCGGAUGGGUUGGCUGCAGAAGACCUUCCGCCUGAAAGGGGACGAGGUGCGUCUGGUGGUCGUCAAGCAUCCUCGUUUGAUCGUCCAGCCGAUGAUGCGUUUCAAGGGAUUGGUUUUUAGUCUCCAUGAAGAACUUGGCUUCUCGUUGCCCCAGAUGAAGGAACUGCUUCUCGGUGUCCCGAAGCUCUUCACAAUUUCUACAAAACACCUGAUGGACCGGUUCGCGUUCUUCCACCGGGAGGUGGGGAUGAAGCACGAGGACUUCCUUUCUUGGCCGCAAGUCCUUCAGGCGAGGCUGAGUCGGACGCGACCCCGCCACCUCUUCCUCGUCCGCCUCGACCGGGCGCAGUACGACCCGAAGCUGCCCCUUUACGUGUGCCUCAAGGAUCUGGUCGUCCUGGACGAUGCCACCUUCUGCACCGACAUUGCCAAAACCCCUGUGGAAAUUUACAACCGAUUCCUGAAGACUCUGUGAUGCGGACCGGCUCUCCCCGGACGUCUGUUUCCCGUCGACUCUAUCGUGCGCCGAGAUGUCAUGUCGAAUUCCUGCCGUUUGAUUAUAGUUUUUUUCUCAGAGA